GGGCCGAGGACUACGGAUCCCGGCAUGCCUCGCGGCCCCUCGGGGACUACAGUUCCCAGCGUGCCCCGCGGCGGCGACGAGAGAAGCCCCCGAUCCCGGGAUCCAGGAUGGGCAGUGCUGGGGGGCUCCGGGCUGUGCUGGUCCUGCUCCUGUGGGCCCUGUUCCUGGUGGGAUCAGCAGCAGAUGGAGCCAAGGAUGGCCCAGAGGGAUUCCAGGGACACGCUGGCACUGCCACCAUGGAUGACCUGCUGUCCCGGCUGGGAAAAGCCUCCUGGGAUACCCUGGAGGGCUGGGUGGGACCCCAACCCCUGCAGAUGGUGGCGGAGAGCCUCUCUACCACCCUGUGGAUCGUUUCCUCUGGAAUCUCAGCAGCCCUGACCACACUCUGUGGGAUCCUGGCGGAUCUCCUGGCCGCUUCCAGCAUCGGCGGCCACCGGCUGGUGCGAGCGGCCGCACUGAGCCCUGGGGAAGUCCAGCGGGUUCUCCUGUGGGCCCUGGCCGCCCUGGUGGGAUCCUGGGUGUUAUCCUGGCUCCGGGGGCUGCUGCUACCACUGCUUCAGGGGGUGAAACUUUUCCUCUUCCUCGGAGCCUUCCUCCACGUGGCUGCUUCCAAGGAGAGCCCCACGGUGCAAGCAGGAAUGCUGCUGGCCCUGUGGGUGCUCUAUGCCCUCCUGGGGAGCCUGCUGGGAUCCCAAAAUCCCACUGCCCGGCUGGAUGUGGCUGUCAGGAGCCUGGAGUGGAAGGUAGAGGAGCUGCGGCGGCGCCAGAAGUUUGGGGGGCCCCGGAACCGGGAGGAUUGACACCCCCCUGACACCACCAAAGCACUUCCCAGCUUGGCUCCAGAAUUCCAAGCAUGUCUUCCCCACCCCUGCUGAGCCCCCCCCAGUUUUCCCGGGAGUCCUGCUCCUGCUGGGAGCAUCCCUUCCCAGAGCUGGGGGGCCGUGCCUUGCAAGUGCCACAAGUGCCUUCACCCCGGGGAGGAGGGUCCCCAAACGCCACCUCCCCAGAGCCCAAAUCCAGGAGAGGAGCUCUCACAUUCCCUGCUCCACCAGGAUAUUGUGCCAAUCCAGCCCAAAAAGGGGGGGUUCUGCUCAUUCUGUGGGGGCUGAGACUCCCUCUCUGUGGCGGGUCCUCGCACUGCCAAUCCUCGGGGUUUCAGCUGCUUUUUAAACGGUUUUGAUAAAUGGUUUGGAAUAAAGAUGAAAAAUGGUUUUUCCGGCCUGGA